AGGGAGAGCUCGUCUCCACCGACCGGCAGCCGUCGCUGUCGCCGCCUCCCCGCAGAGUCGCCUAGCACCGGAGGCCCGCGGCCGCGAGGGGACGCAGGGCGGUGUCGGAGGCAGCCAGGGGUGCGCUCGGGCUUCGCUAGCCCAGCGCCGUUCCUUCCCUCAGAACGCGGCGCGGAGACUGAGGUGCUGGGCCUGUGGAAUGAUACUGCUUCUAAGCAAGCCUUUUCCCUCCUAAGAGUCAAAAUUUUGGGAGAGAAUCCCAUUUGUUCUGCAGGUGGUAUUCUGAGGACCAGUCGACACUACAAGACAAAGCCCACUCAUGGCAUUGGGCGAUACAGACACCUGGUGAAAGUGCUAGAGCCCAAAAAGAAGAAAGAAAAAGUGGAAGUGAGAGCCAUUAAUCUGGGGACAGAUUAUGAAUAUGGGGUUUUAAAUAUCCACCUGAUUGCUUACGACAUGACUCUGGCAGAAAAUUAUGCCCAGUAUGUCCACCGCCUCUGCAACCAGCUCUCCAUCAAAGUGGAGGAAAGUUACGCGAUGCCUACCAAAACCAUGGAAGUGAUGCGGCUACCUGACCAAGGCAACAAAAUGGUCCUAGACUCAGUCCUUACCACCCAUGAGCGAGUGGUUCAGAUCAGCGGUCUGAGUGCUACGUUUGCAGAGAUUUUCUUGGAAGUACUCCAAAGCAACCUUCCAGAAGGAGUCAGGUUGUCAGUGAGGGAGCACACUGAAGAAGACUUCAAGGGACGGUUCAAAGCUCGGCCAGAACUGGAAGAACUGUUGGCCAAACUGAACUAAACACCGUAAGCGCGUUCAUGCAUUGGUCAGUCUCAGAGAAGCUCUUCCUG